AUGCCUUCAUCCAAAGCUGCACUCUUAAGCAAGAUCAAGAACGCAAAGGCCUCUGUGAAGGUCGCUCCUAAACAACAAGAACAAGUAUCUUCGGAAGAAAAGAAGAAACCUGUCAAGGUUACACAAAAUCAAGUACCAAAGAAGGAAGAUAAGAAGAGAAAACUUGAAGUUCAAGAAGAAGAAGAAGAAGAGGAUGUUCAAUUAAUGGGAGCUGAUGAUAUUGAUUUGGAUGAUUUUUCUGAUGAAGAUGAUAUGGGUGAUAAUGAUGAAUUCGAUGAAGAAUUAGAAGAUGACGAUUUCUUUACAAAGAAAAAGCCAACCACUACAUCCUCGACGAAAUCAAACAAACAACAACCAACAAAGAAGCGAAAGCAAGAAGAAGACGAAGAUGAUGAAGAUGACGAUGAAGAAGAAGAACAAGUAAACAAAAAGAAAAAGAAAGUCUUUUCCGAAGAAAACUUUUUCGAAAAUGAUGAGGAUGAAGAUGAUGACUUCUCUGAAUAUACUGAGGAAGAACGUAAAAGAUUGGAACAACUUUCUGGUAUGGAACGUGAACGAUUGGCACAAAUAGAAGAAGAAUCGAGAUUAGAAAUGGCUGAUGAUGCAACCAGACAAGAAAAACCAACUGUUAUGGCCAAUUAUUUGGAAGACCAUGAAGAAUUGCCAGAGGCAGGAGAAGAUCAAGAUAUUGGUAUUGCUGGUGUUACUGAAGAUUUGACUAAAAUUCAUGAACGUAUUCAAGAAAAUCUUGCAGUUUUGGCAAACUUUAAAGAUUUGCGUGAAGAUGGAUUUACUCGUGAAGAUUAUCUCAAUUUGUUAAAGACUGACUUGUCACUCUAUUAUGGUUACAACUCUGAAUUGAUUGACGUUUUUGCUUCAAUGUUUUCUUUACCUGAAUUAAUUGAAUUUUUGGAAGCUAACGAAAAGCCACGUCCUCUUACAAUCAGAAGUAACAUUUUGAAAACAAGAAGAAGAGAACUUGCUCAAAAUUUGAUUAAUCGUGGUAUUAACUUGGAUCCUCUUGAUAAGUGGUCAAAGGCUGGUUUGAAGAUUUAUGAUGCUAACGUACCAGUCGGUGCCACUCCUGAAUAUUUGGCUGGUCAUUACAUGUUACAAGGUGCUUCAUCAUUCUUGCCUGUCAUGGCUCUUGCUCCAAAAGAAAAUGAAAAAGUUAUUGAUAUGGCUGCUGCUCCUGGUGGUAAGACAACAUACUUAUCAGCCCUCAUGAAGAAUACUGGUGUCAUUUUUGCUAAUGAUGUCAAUGUAGAUCGUACAAAGGCCUUAAUAGCAAAUAUUCACCGUAUGGGUUGUCGUAAUUGUAUUGUUGCCAAUUAUGAUGGUCGUGAUAUGCCACAAAUUUUACCAACUAAGGUUGACCGUGUCUUGCUUGAUGCUCCUUGUACUGGUUUGGGUGUUAUUUCACGUGAUCCUUCGAUAAAAUCUCAAAAGGGUAAGAAGGAUAUUGAACUUUUGUGUAAAUUGCAAAGAGAAUUAAUUUUGGCUGCCAUUGAUUGUGUUGAUGCUGAUUCUGAAACUGGUGGUUAUAUUGUAUAUUCUACUUGUAGUGUCAGUGUUGAUGAAAAUGAAGCUGUUGUCAAUUAUGCUCUCAAGAAGAGACAUGUCAAGAUUGUUCCAACUGGUCUUCAAUUUGGUACUCCAGGUUUUAUUAAGAUUGGUGAACGUCAUUUCGAUCCAAGCUUGAAAUUAACCAUGCGUUAUUUCCCUCAUGUUCACAACAUGGAUGGUUUCUAUGUUUGUAAAUUGAAAAAGUUGAAGAAUGGUAAGAAACUUUCUGAAGAAGAACAAGUUCGUGAAGAAAAGAAUGAACAAAGGAUUCAAAAAGACAAGUCUGAUGAAAAGAAUCGUAGAAUUAGAGAUCAAAAGGAUAGAGAAGAUAAGAAUAAGAAAUUAUUGGAAGAAGCCAUUAAACUUGCCAAUGGUAACGAGCAAGCAGGUAUUGAGCUUUUCCAAAAGAGAAAGGAAGAAUUGUCACUGAGCCGAAAGAAAUUCAAGACAAACAAACGUUCAGAAGACAAGUUUAGACCAAUACACGAGAGAAAGAAGAGUGGAAACAGAAAGCAAAAGGGAGAAAAUAUGAAUUACGUAUAAAUUAUCUUUCUUU